CGCCAGUCUGGCAGCGCAUUCCCACGUUGCUUGCAGUGGACCAACGCCAACUGCAAAUCACGAACGAUCACUUCACCAUCCAGUUUGCUAGACCAGCCAUCGCUUAUGUACUGCCAUGAGUUUUUUUUGGAUUUUAAAAAGCAAACAUAUUCAUAACUAUUUAUAAGAUCACCAGUAUUGCGAAUACGCCUACCACGCUCGUCGUCUCUCGUCGCGUCGUUGCAGGCGCAGUCUCAGUAGCAUUGCGAUACUGGCAGACAUCUAUGAUCUCCUGCGAUAACAAGAGACAACUGACCCAACAAGAAUUCAUUGCGCAGACAGGGCAAUGUCAGUGGAAUUCCCUGUGCAGCCCAUUGGCAGAUUUGCCGGUGUCAGCCAACCGGUUAAGCGUCCAAAGGAGUUUGCCUGUUUCUCAUACGAUAAAGACCAUCAGUUCCAUCUCGAUGAUUCGUCUUUAAAGUAUUACUACAACCCGCAGAUAGGAGCAGAUUUGUCUAGGGGAUUUGAUACAUUUCAGAAACAAGAUGACACAGCCGACGAGCAUCUCGAUAGCCUGCUCAAAACUGUCAUGGCACACGAAAAGGAGACAGGUGCACGAAUAGAUGCUAAUCUAGUGACCUGGAGAGGGAUGAUGACAAAAAUCUUGGCUGCUCCGUUUGAGCAUAUGGAUGGAUUUGAAAUGAACGCCACUUUGUACCAGGAGUGCAUAUUUGUAGAAGAAAGCCACGAAUAUAAGAUGACCUCGCGGCGAAAUGAAGGUGGUGGUAAACCACGACGAGGGCCACCACUUGAUGUUAUGCAAUUCUGGGGUUAUAAAUUCGAAACACUAGCGACAAUGCCACGGACUUGGGGCCAAAUGACACGAGAUGAAAUCGAAGGUCGCGAAACAGAAGUCGUCAACAACAAGGAACAGUAUUGUUCGGUUGUUAGAACGGGAAUUGGUAAAACGGUUCUAUGUUUAGGCGGCGAAGUGGACGCUAUAUGGGAUAUUAAACCAGCGACCAAGGGCAGUCCUAUUAACUGGGUUGAACUCAAGACUACCGGCGAGAUCCGCGGACCUCAUGAUGUUGAGAACCUGCACCGGAAGUUUAUGAAAUAUUGGAUACAGUCGUUUCUUCUAGGCGUACCGAAAAUCAUGGUUGGCUUCCGCACCAGAGACGGUAUCUUGGUAGAGGUCAAAGAGAUGGAGACGCACCGCAUCCCUGAGAUUGUCAACGCUGGGCCGAACCCCAAGUGGAACGCUGAUAUGUGUGUCAAUUUCGCUGGCGAGUUUCUAGACUUCUUACGCCAAACUAUAACUGACGAAGGGGUUUGGAAGAUACGUCGACGCCCGCAAUCACCUACAAUUGAAAUCUUCAGAGUGGAAGAGACUGGCCAUGGAAAUAUACUCUCGGAUGAAUUUAAGGAUUGGAGAAUCAAGCUCGCGUUGGGACCGAGUACAGUAUCAUAGUAUCUCAUUCAAGAUACUGCAUUUUCACAUAAUCUCACUUCAAGUACCCAUGGAUGUGUUGUUAAAGUACUUCAUUUGUAUAUCAGUCUAUCUACCAUGUGUAAUAAUAAUUUGGACAAGAAAAUAACGAUAAAAAAGAAUAAACGACUCAAAAAAGCAGCCAGUCAAAGUGGCCAAGAAACGCCUGCAUUUACCAAAGAAAAGAAAAUCAAUAAAAAUUUUGCAAAAAAAGUCGAAACAUCAAAAUUGCGCAAUCGUUGACUCGCAAGAUACGUGGGCGUAUAUCAUUUGAGACAUAUUGUACAUGAUGGGUAACCAGACGCGAGGCCUUGUGGUCGAAGGGUGCGUGAGGUGUAGUUUCGUAAGAUGUCUUCCGCGAGGGAAAUCGCCAGUGAAGGGUGGAAUAGAGUGCCAAAUAGCGACUCAUCAAUAGUUUGUUUGAGAUGCCGUUAUUUGCUUGCUUUUGUCUUUCCUUUGUGUUUUUUUUGGUGUUCCCCUAAGGGAUCCUGGGCUGGGGUUUGUGAAUAGUACAUGUUCUCAUACAAUAAAUUCGUACAUAUUUCGUCAGUGCGAAACAUUAAAUCCAGUGCAGUUUAAGAUUCGUAGUGGAAUGCCAAUCUGCCGUUAUCUCGUUGUCUUCGUACAUAGUGCCUAGAACCGGACAGAGCUUAAACUGCCGGCCAGCGAAUGCGCAGACCAUCGGCCCAUCGCUUGUAGAGCACAUCGGAGAGUUGCUUGUUGUGUUCCAUUCCCUGUUCAGCCUCCUGACCAGGGUAACGCUCGUCAUCGUCGUUCUCCUUCUCUGUAAUCUUAGAUACUGGAGAAUCAGCCUGUCGGCGGCGAUGGCUUCGUAGAUGUGGGUUGUUGGAGCUCAGAAUAAGCUUUGUGGGACUCUGCAUUGGGGUUCCUUGAGGAGUACCCUUAAUGACUACAGUUCCUUGAGGAGUUCCGUCGUCGGGAGUCUUGGAGCUGGUCGUACGAAGGAACGCAGCAUCCAGCUUGUUGUCUCUGGCCAUGGCGGUGACGAGGUUGCUCAUAAGAUGAUAAGCACCCUCAGGAUCGACGGCAUCCAAAGCAGCGAAUGCAUCAGAAAGCUUGGCGAGUGCCUCACGCUUCUGCAUUGCGGAUGUCUGGGCAUGAAGCUCAGCCAUGCCAGGUUCAAUUGCCUUGUUGUACAAGCGUCGACCGAGGACAGCCUCUUUACCGUACGGGGCAAUAGGCGAUGUAACUGAGGGAGGAGGAAUAUUUUCGUCGCAGAAUACAUCGUCAGGCGAGGCUGGACGGCCUAACUGACCGUUUGUUGAACUGUCGGAAGGAACGCGGCGGAACAAUCUCAUUGUCGAUCCCGAGUUACCAAACGACAUGUCUGUCUGCAGUGGCUUCUUCAUAGAGACGGUUCUCUUGGGAGAACCACCGCCGUGCAUGGCCGAAACUUGGGCGAGCGAUGGAGUGCGGCGGACAGUCGCCUUGCGAAUAGUUCCUACCGCUGUGGCGGGAGACGAAGGACCCAGUGGUCCAUCGUUGAUGUUGAGUUUGCGCAGGCCGUCUUCUGCGGCCAACAUGGAUGAUGGUUUGCGGUGCUGUCUGAUAGUUGGACGCUUGGGAAGGACAACAGACUUGACAGUGUCAAAGUUCCACUCAUCGUCGUCCUUGGGAGAAAUAGUCUGUAGAGUCUCUUGGUAAUAGAUGGGGUGCUUGGGACGUGUUUGGUCCGCAUCGAAGGAGUGCCUGUUUGCAAUGAGCUCUUGCAACAAGUCAAUUUUUCCCGCAGAGCGGAUAAAGCGAUGUCGUAGCAGCUCACGAGCUGAAGGGCGACGCUCAUAGUCUUUUGUGAGGCACUGUGCGACAAAGUCCUUGAAGUCUCUGCUGAAGUUGCCCUCCAAUUUUGGAGGAGGGUUCUUGGGGAUAUGGAAAAGCACCUUCAUAGGAUGAAUGUGGCACAGAGGAGGUUCUCCAUUGGCCAUCUCCAUAGCGGUGAUACCCAAGGACCAAAUGUCGGCCUUGAAGCUGUAGCCGUCUUGCUGGAUAACUUCUGGAGCCAUCCAGAAUGGUGUACCAACGAAAGUGUUGCGCUGUGACUUGAUGUUUGUAAGUUGCGCCGCAACACCGAAGUCGGCGAGCUUGACUUUUCCAGAGUCGGACAACAAGACAUUUGCUGCUUUGAUAUCGCGGUGAAUUUUGCCUUCGUCGUGUAGGUAUUGAAUGCCGAGAAGAAGCUCACGGCAAAUAACCGCGAUGUGGGUUUCACUAAAGCUGGCUGGUUUCAGC